ACACAUACUUCACUCGUCACUUUGCUUCUGUAACACGCUUUACGCUUAAAAGAUCGGUAAAGCCGGCCUCUUGAUUUCGACAAUUUCAUACGAUGGCCGACAUCGCAGAGCUAUCCAUCAAGUCAAGCCCGCCGAGCAGUUGGCCCCUCGAUUACGUCCCUGGUCAUAUUCUCGACAAGAUCGUGGAUUAUGUGGCUCAGGAUGCGAUCGAAUCCGAUUUCUACGACCCAUCUAAAACUUCAUUCGAGCAGGAGAGAAUCGGAUAUGGCCUCAUCCCUUUCUCGCUCGACCUGAAGAAUAUGUCGUUGGUCAACCGGGCUUUUCGCGAGAAUGUCUUUCGUCGAAAAGUCAUGGAAUUGGUGAUACUCAAUUCUUUUGAUCGGGUCGAAACCGGUCUGGCCAGUAUCCGAGAGGAAUCUUUCACUUACAUCCGACGACUUAUCUCAGGCAGCAUCUCCAUGGAGCAAUUCCUCACCAAUGCCGAGUGGGCUGCACAACUAGAAUUCUUGAAGAAAUGCCCGGCAGUUCGCGACGUGAUCGACCAUACGGAGCGUCUCGCAUAUACAGGAUAUUCAUUCCCGCCAACAACAUCCCAUUUGGCACUCACGCUCGGUACUGCGAAGAAGAGGUUGCCUCCUCCGAUCAUGCUCUCUGAGCUGCAGGGUCUCUGCAUAUGGGUACCGGACCGGAGUAGACGUGCGAAUUUCUCCAUGGAGAAUGCACUCGAGUUUCAAACUUCGGUGCAGGCGCUCUGUCAAAGCAUCAAGGGGGUGGGAAGCCUCCAUUUGCAUUCGCCCGGCGUGGGCGCUGCUCGCUAUAAUCCCCCGGGCGAGCUCCCUCCCGAAUUGCGUAUGCCCGAUUACUUGGGUUGCACUCUUCUGAAGAUCGACCACUUCCUCUUGACCACAAACUAUGAGGUUCGCUGCCAGAAUCCGAGCAAUGGAGGGGAAGAUGGUUGGUGGGACUACUACUCGUGGUUGCUGCACACUGCGCCAGAGAUAAAGCACAUCGAAAUUACCAUGCUCUGGCAGCGUUGGAACGGCAUGUACAACAAGAACCUCACCGUUAGAGAGAUCUUGGAUCAGAUCGGGAUGACGACAUUUCAGGCAGACGAUCUUACCCAGCGCAAACUUUACGCGAGAGGCGAGGCUAUCAGUACAUCUGUUAGACAGUUCUUUGACAGGCUCUUUAAAGCUCGACAGGGACUCAGGAAGAUUACUCUGAAUUAUGCGUGCAACUUUACGUGGGGUCAACAUCCUCUCCGUUUCCGGACGAUCACGGCGACUCGAACGGACAAUGCGAAGAUAGGUCAGAUCACCGCUGUCUGUAACGAUGCUAUCUUCUAUGACCUGCUCGAUCGAUCUCUUCGAGAAAUCACUGGAUGCGUGGGAUCCGACGCGGGUUUCUACAAUGGCAUGGGCGGAGCGCAUCUUAUCAAUGCCAUGUUCGAGAUCAGAUCGGCUCUAGCCGGCAUUGACAUCGAAGGUAGUCAAGUCUAA